AUAAUGUAGAUGCAAAGCUCGCACAACCCCUGGGCGAGGCCUCCACGUCCGAUCUCAUUGCCCUCCUCACAGACCGCCUCGGUAACGAGUCCUUCCCGGGCGUUACCCAAGAGACAUCCGAGCGAGCCAACGCAGUGUUGGUUAUGCUUGUUCGCAACAAUGAGGUCAACGACGCGGCGGCAGCAGUUAUGCAACUCGAGGAUCGCUUCAAUCACAAAUACAACUAUCCAUGGGUAUUUCUCAAUGAUGAACCGUUUGACGAAAAGUUCAUUCAACGAACGAGCCAGUUAGUCUCAGGCAACAUUUCGUAUGGUAUCAUCCCAGAAAGUCAUUGGAAGCAGCCAGACUGGAUUGACGAGGACAAGGCGCGCGCUGGCCGUAACAGGCUCAUGUCGCAGGGCAUCAUCUACGGAGGGAGUGUUUCGUAUCGAAACAUGUGCAGGUUUAAUUCGGGAUUCUUCUAUCGCCAUGAAUUGCUCAAGCCGUACCGAUACUAUUGGCGCGUAGAACCGGGCGUCAAAUAUUUCUGCGACAUGGAUUACGAUCCCUUCCUCAUGAUGCAAGAACAAAAUAAAGUGUACGGGUACACCAUCUCACUAUACGAAUGGCAGCCGACUAUCCCAACGUUAUGGGACACCGUCAAAAACUUCAUGAAAGAAUAUCCAGAACACAUCGCAGAAAACAACUCAAUGGACUUCCUCUCCAACGACGGUGGAGAAACUUACAACCUCUGCCACUUUUGGAGUAAUUUUGAGAUUGCGGAUAUGGACUUUUGGCGAAGUCCUGCAUAUACUGCAUUCUUUGAUUAUCUGGAGAAAACUGGUGGCUUUUAUUAUGAGCGAUGGGGCGACGCGCCUGUACAUUCGAUUGCGGCGAGUUUGUUUGCGAGCAAGGAUCAGGUGCAUUUCUUUAGAGAUAUCGGGUACCGGCACGACCCCUUCCAAAGAUGUCCUUCGGGGCAAUACCAUCAGCAAGGGAAAUGCUGGUGUGACCCAACUGAUAGCUUUGAUUAUCGUCCAAACUCAUGUGUAAAACGAUGGGAAGAAAUGCAAGAUGGGCGAUUAUGAGCAUAGACUCACUGUCAUUUUCGGACCGUCAUCCCUUUCGACCUGAUAUAUUUACCUUGAUCCAUCGUGUACAUCCUCCCACGCAUCUCACCAGACCAUCUCUCACUCUAUUUUUCUCAUCAAUUUCACCCGCACCAUCUUUCCACCUUACGUGCACUUGUGACAUUCACACACAUCUUGUACCCUUACAAAAGGCACAUUU